AAAACGAGAUGCAAUUUUCCCGCUAAAUAAACGAAAUAUCUUUCUGUUCUUUAUAACCAAAAGGCGAAGGAAAUGGACAAGUUGGAUCGAUUUAUAAAACUCGCUAAAGCUGGGGAAGGUACUUACGGUGUGGUUUAUAAAGCAAAGAACAAGUUAACUGGUAAAAAUGUGGCUCUCAAGAGAAUUAAAUUAGAAAAAUUUUACAACAAAGGUGACUCGGAGGGUGUGCCAGCUACAGCCAUUAGAGAAAUUGCUCUAUUAAAAGGCCUCAGACAUUCAUCGAUCGUUGAACUUCUAGACGUUAUGCAAUCUACCGAUAAAUUAUAUUUAGUUUUUGAAUACUUGGAUUUGGAUUUGAAAAGGUACCUUGAUAAUUCGAGGCAGCAGAUGGAAAAAGAACUACUUAGAAGUUACAUGAAACAACUUACAGAAGCCUUAGCGUAUAUGCAUUCACAUAGAAUUCUACAUCGAGAUUUAAAACCUCAAAAUUUGCUUGUCGAUAAGGAGGGUCACAUUAAAUUGGCUGAUUUUGGCCUGUCAAGAUCUUUUUCACUUCCCACGAGGACAUAUACCCAUGAAGUGGUAACAAUGUGGUACAGAGCGCCAGAAUUACUUCUGGGAAGUAAAUUGUAUUGUACUGGGAUUGAUAUUUGGAGUUUGGGGUGUAUUAUGGUAGAAAUGUUGAUUAAAAGAGCAAUAUUUCCUGGCGAUUCAGAAAUAGAUCAACUGUACAAGAUUUUUAAAAUUUUUGGGACUCCCACUGAAGAAACAUGGGAGGGUGUUUCGCAAUUCCCAGAUUACAAACCGUCAUUUCCAACCUGGCAGCCUGUUAAUUUGAAAGAUGUGAUAAAUUUUCAUAACCAAGAAGAAGAGGACUUUUUACUGAAUAUGUUGAGUUAUGAUCCAUGCAAACGAAGAACCGCAAAAGAAUUACUGAAAUCCAAUUAUUUAAAAACUGCAAAACUGACAGCUCCAGAGAUGGAAGCAUUUCCAGUCGACGAAACUGAAGAGUCAGACUAACAAAACAUUUUUAUAUUGAUAUUUUUAUUAUUUUUAUGGUUUUAAAAACAAGUUGAAAAUAUUUGUCGCU